AUGUCAGUCAACGUCCGUCCCGUUCAGGUCUCGUCGAGUAGCCAGCAGGGACGCCUCGAGCUGGCCGACCGCCUCGAAAAGCUUCUUGCAAAUGACAAGCCUUGGCAUGAGUUUCCAACGCCGCAAGACUACCGAGAUGCGCGCCGGGAUGGUACCAACGGAUUCAAGAAGCCCGUGUGCAACGACAAGGCGCGCCUGAUCGAUUUUACCGGCCGUGAAGGGAACUCGAUUGAGCUGCGGGUCAUUGAACCCACGACAGGGCCUUCUAAAGGAGUUUGGCUACACUUCCAUGCAGGGGGCUUUGUCAUUGGCAGCAAUGCCUCGUACGAUCCAUAUCUCACCCGACUUUCUAACGAGCUAGGCCUUACUAUGGCCUCGGUAGAGUAUCGCCUGGCGCCAGAGAAUCCGUAUCCAGCCGGCUAUAACGACGCCGUCGACGCAGCCCUAUUCGCCCUGUCUGAAGACGGAGCGAACAAGCUAGGAGCGCAGUUGCGUGUGCUCGGCGGUGAAUCCGCCGGCGCCUGGUAUGCCGUCUCUGUGGCAUUAGCUCUCCGCGAUAAGCAUGGUGUUGAUGUACAGUCGCAGCUCUCUGCUAUCUGUGCAGGCUACGGUAUUUUUGAUCUUACCUAUACCCCUUCAUGUCUUAAUCACAAACGCAACAUUGUCUUGAGCAGCGAUGGAAUGCAGCGGUUCGGAGAGGCGGCUUUUGCACAUGUUCCCCUACGGGAUCGCAAGACGCGCUAUAUCUCGCCUCUGUAUGCUGAUCUGGGUAACCUGCCUCCAGCGCAGUUUCUAGUUGGGACAAUCGAGCCGUUGCUCGACGACAGCAUUUUCAUGGCUGCCAAGUGGGCCAACUCCGGUAAUGAAGUGGACUUACACAUCGUGGAUGGAGGGUGUCACGCUUUUACGUUGAUCCCUAUGGGCGAUGCUACUGAGGAAGGUCUGCAAAGCGUGAUCAGCUUCGUAAAGAAGCAUCUUAAGUAG